AUGAUGGAAUCGUGUUUUUACAACAAAUUGGAGAACGUGGAGCGGGAAGUUAACUUCGACGACUUGAAGAAAGACCUAUUUUCUGAGUUUAAUUCCAUAGACUCCCAGGAGUCUUGCCUGGAAGAGCAUGAACACUUGCAGGUGUACCUUCGCAUUCGACCAUUCACAUCAACUGAGAGUGAAAAUGGCGAAUCACAGGACUGCGUUUCCAUCGAGCUCCCGGACACGGUCCUCCUUAAGGCUCCAAGGACUUCGCUCUCAGCACGGCUCCGUGACAAAUCGGCUCAACGGUUUCAAUUCUCACAGGUGUUAGGGCCAGAAACCACUCAGAGGGAGAUGUUUGACGGCACUGUGAGAGGUCUCGUCAAGGAGGUUCUGGAAGGCGGAAAUUCUCUCGUUUUCACAUAUGGAGUGACAAAUGCGGGAAAGACAUUCACAUUUCUAGGUCCAGAGGCCAAUGCAGGGAUCCUCCCUAGGUCUUUGAAUGUCAUCUUCAACAGCAUUGAGGGGCGUGUUUAUGACCAGAUGACUAUCAAGCCACAGCGAUGCAGAGAGUUCAUCAGGCUCACUAAAGACCAGCAGAGUGAAGAGGCCACUAGCAAGCGAAAUCUCUUCAGGCUCCUCAAGGAGACUUCUAUCCAACCAGAGGUUUGUAACAGCCUAACACCACCACUUGUUUCUCUGACAGGGUCCACACUAAGUGACAUUGAGGGGACUGUGACGGAACAACGUUUCAGUCUGGAUGUUGAAGCACAAACCAAGUUCUCCGUCUGGGUGUCCUUCUGUGAAAUCUACAACGAGAACAUUCACGACCUGCUGGAGCCGAUCGGAGCCCAGAAGAGAAUCACACUGCGGCUGUCACAGGAUGUCAAAGGCAACUCCUUUGUAAAAGAUCUGAAGUGGGUACAAGUGAACAAUGCGGAGGAGGCCUACAAGAUAAUGAAGCUAGGGAAGAAGAACCAGAGCUUCGCCAGCACAAAGCUCAACCUCCUCUCGAGCAGGAGCCACAGCAUCUUUUCUGUUCGUAUCCUGCGGGUGGAAGAUGCUAGGAUUCCUCGUGUUAACUCUAUCAGCGAGCUGUCCUUGUGUGACCUGGCUGGGUCUGAGAGGUGUGCUAAAACUCAGAAUAAAGGGGAGCGUUUGAAAGAGGCCGGGAACAUCAACACUUCCCUGAUGACACUGGGCAAGUGCAUCAACACGUUACGGCAAAGCCAGCAGCUCAACGUGCUCAAGUUCUCCGCCGUGGCUCAGAAGGUGGUGGUGCUGACCACCAAGACCGUCCCCCACCUCGCCACCAAGAGGUCGGCCCGAGAACUGUCCAUGAUCAUCAACAACGCAGACAGGAAGUACCUGUUGGGUCAGAAGAGAAGGAGCUCCCUGGUUGGCUGGGAGACCAGUCUGGAGGACGUGCAGGAGCAUGACGACACAGAGGAGGAAGAGGAGAGCGUGAUGGAGACCAUGCAGGAAGUGGACGAUGACGAAAAGGUUCUCAUCAAUAAAGACACUUAUGAGAGCCAGUUACUCCAGUUGACGGAGCUCCGGGAACAGCUGCAGGAAGAGAGGUCUAAAAACGUUGCUUUGGAAUCCCGGAUCCGUGACGAGGUCACCAAGGAGUUCUCGGAGUUCUUCUCUGAAAUGCAGACCGAUUACAAGGAGCGUCUGGCCAAAGAGGAGAAGAAUGUCGAGGAGAGAGCAGAGAAGCGUCUAGAGAUCCUGAUGAAUCUAGUGAACAUUAACACCAGCCAAGAGGAGUUGGACAGAGUAGACCGAGCCACAGAGGACAGCUCGUCAUUGGGAGGGAUGUUUGACUCCAUGUGCAGUGACCUGGCAGGCAUAAAGAAGGCGGCUGAGGAGGCCAAGACAUGUCUGGUGGUCACCCAACCCAAUGGCGAAACCAUCUCCAAUCUGGAGAAGAGAGUGGAUGAUCUCUCGGAGCUGCUGAGCCAAGCCCAGGAGCAGCUCACUGUCAAAACCAAUGAACUAGAACGUUAUUGCAGACAAGCGCAGCAAUCGAAGCAACAGCUUGAAGAGGCUAGAAAGACUCUCGAGUCUCAGGAGCUGAAAUUCUCCCACUUCCUGGAGAUGUGUCAUGAGAAGGAUGAGAUGAUCACCUCGCUUCAGAACACUGUAGACCAACAGGUCCAAGCCACGAUCAAGGAUAAGACUACAUUUGACGGCAUCAAGGAUGAGAUCCUGCAACUGAAGAGCAGCUGCACUUGCUCCAGAGGGGAGAGGCCCAGCUCUCGCGCAGAGAGCCGCAAACGGCUGGUGGAUCUCCAGGCCAACCUGGAGGACCAGCCCCCCAGCAAGAAAGGGUUCCUGGGGAGAGGACAGAAGGAGAUGGACAGAUUGCGCAGGGAGCUGGUGGAGGUACAAACGGACAGUGGGCUUCUCCGAGACAAGCUGACGGAACAGGAAAGAGAAUUCCCAGAGGCCCUAGAGGAGAGUGAGCUGGGAGAGAAACCGGCCCCACAGCACAUCUCAGAACAGCAGCUGGAGGUGCUAAAAGAGAAACCGGCCCCACAGGAACUGAACUUGGAGCAGCUCAAGGCAGAAAUGGAGGAGGCUAAAGCCAUGGCCCACAGCGAGAACUCUGUAGCUGAGGUCGUGACCUUGAAAGGAAAGAUAGCUGCACUGGAAGAGAAGCAGUGCACCCACCAAACGGAGAGGGAGGCAGCCGUAACGGUGUCCCAGUCGUAUAACGACGAGCUCAUGUCCCAAACGAAGAGAGUGGCAGAGUUGGAGAAGACACUGUUUGAGAAGGAGGCGCAGGUGUCAGGCCUGCAGAGGAGCCUGAGGGAGGUGCAGGAGAUGCGGGAGGAAGAGGAGACCGCUACGGUGCAGGAGGCUCGUAAGAGGGAGGUGGAGAGGAGGAGGGAGCUGCUGGCUGUGGCUGAAGAGGCCAUCACUCAGAAGAACGCUGAGCUGGAGAGGAGAGAGCAGGUCAUCACCAGAUUGAAGGAGAGGGCUAAACUCGACUCCGACAAAGUGAAGAGUUUGAGCCUGGACCUUGAGAGGAAAGACGACGACACUUCUGAUCUCAAAGAGAAGCUGUCCGACUCAAAAAAACAGAUACAGCAAGUUCAAACGGAGAUCAUUUCCAUGCGAGAAGAGGAGAAAUCUCUCAAACGAAAACUGCAGGACUUGGAGAAAGUGAAGAAACUGCAGCAGGCAGACUUGGCUAAUAAAGACAGGACCAUACAGCAACUGAAAACGGAACAGUCUGCUGACGAGAACCUCAAGCUCUAUCCGAACGCCUGUAAAGACCUUCAGGCUAAGGAGCGUAUGAUGGAGGACAUGCGUCUGGCUCUAACUGAACAGGAGGAUACCCAGACCCAACAGGAGCAGGUGUUAGAGGCCAAACUGGAUGAGAUUGACGCCCUCAUUGAAGAGGUGGAUAAACUGAAAGGACUGUUACGCUACCAAGACAGUGGGAAAGACACUGGAGCCCUGAGAGACAACCAAUCGGACGAGGCCAAGCUAGCCAUACAGGAAGCAAUUCAGGCUCAAGUCACCUUAAAGCUGUGUACUGAGAAACACCAAGCUGACAGGAGGAAGUGGCUUGAAGAGAAGACUGUUCUCAUCCGGCUGGCCAAGGAGGCCGAGGAUAAGAGGAACCAGGAGAUGAGGAAGUUUGCAGACGGCCGCAAGCUUCACGCCAAGCAGCAAACCCAAGUGGAAGGUCUGGUGGCCCAGCUCAGUGAGAAGGAGCAGGACCUAGUGAAGUGGAGGAAAGAGAGGGACUCCCUGGUAACAGCUCUGGAGGUCCAGCUAACCAAACUCCUCUCCAGCAUCGCCGACAAGGAUGAACAGAUAGCCAGUCUCCGCUGCCAUGCCUCCUCUCAGCCAGCAGAGAGAGACCGUGGCCAGGUGGAGGUAGUGGAGCUGCAGGGCCUUAUGUCUGACAGAGACGCUGAGAUUCUUAACCUGAAGGAACAACUGAAAACUGCAUCCGAAGCCAGCAGCGACGUCUCAGCCCCUACUGAACACAGAGAGACAUCCAAUCAGACUAAAGCAGAGGAGUGCCCUCCCAAAGUCCGUGAGAGGAGUCUCCAUGGCAACAGUCAACGAGUACACGGCGUAAAGACGUUGAAGAGGACCAGUCAGGCGUCUGGGGGCUACCCGUCGGUGCUAGACUCCUCAGAGAUCAUAACGGAGGGGGGCAGGACCAGCCGCUUCCCCAAGCCGGAGCUGGAGAUCUCCUUCAGCCCGCUGCAGCCCAACAGGAUGGCCCUGAAACGCCAGGGAGAGGCCGUGGUCAACGUCAAAAUCACCCGCAAGAGGAAGAGCUCUGAGAUUGACAAGAAGAGCGGAUGGCGAAGUCCAGCUAAAAGGAGAGCAACGCAUGAACUCCCAUCUCAGGAUGAGGUGCGCAAGGAGAACCAUAGAAACCCCAGAACCAGACUGGCUCCUAAACUGGCUGUGCAUCAAGAGUUGCCAUCUCCGGCCAGUGGCAGUAAAGACCCGGGAUCCAUAAGGCCCCAGGACUCCCAGUCCAGCUUGCAUAGCAGGAAAGAAGGAACGAUGCAGAAGAUCGGAGUCUUCGGUAGCAAGGCUAAAAAGAUAAUGGGAUUGGUGAGCGGGAAAUCCCCAGAGACGGAAAGGGGGUCGUCCAUGAGCUUUAGACCCAUGAAGUCCAAGUGGAAGAGAUCUCCUCCCCGAUAGACUUCUCCUCCCGCCCGAUCAUCAGUGGAGUUCCAGACGAGAAAGAGAGUGACCAUCUCAUCGUCAAGAGAGAACUUCGGACUGAAGUCAAAGACGCUGCUCUUAAUGGUACAGGGAAAUUAAUGAAUUGAUUUUGUAAUGAAGGACAUCUUGAGGUUUACUUUAUUGUUAAGGUCGUUUUUCUUUCCAGAAGUCGUGUAUUUUCUGAAAUCACUUCCUCUUUCUCUUAGCUGCCUGUUUUCUUUCAUAUAGUCUUCAUUUAUCACUUCAGUCUAUUUUAUUUCUACGUAUUCAACGUUGCACAUAUUCUGAAUAUUUCUCUCCAUUGUGUGCUAUGUAUAAUAUGAUUUAACAGAAUAUAAUCAAGUAUUUUUAUUCUCAGUCCAGAACAUCAUCGUGGUAAUGCAGUAAUCUGAAGAUUUAGUAUAGUACUUCAUAAAAACACAGUAUAGUACUUUAUAAAAACACAGUAUAGUACUUUACUGUGAUCAUCUCAGAUGUUCAUGUAAAAACACAGUAUAGUACUUUAUAAAAACACAGUAUAGUACUUUAUAAAAACAGUAUAGUACUUUACUGUGAUCAUCUCAGAUAUUCAUGUAAAAACACAGUAUAGUACUUUAUAAAAACACAGUAUAGUACUUUACUGUGAUCAUCUCAGAUGUUCAUGUAAAAACACAGUAUAGUACUUUAUAAAAACACAGUAUAGUACUUUAUAAAAACAGUAUAGUACUUUACUGUGAUCAUCUCAGAUGUUCAUGUAAAAACACAGUAUAGUACUUUAUAAAAACACAGUAUAGUACUUUAUAAAAACAGUAUAGUACUUUACUGUGAUCAUCUCAGAUAUUCAUGUAAAAACACAGUAUAGUACUUUAUAAAAACACAGUAUAGUACUUUAUAAAAACACAGUAUAGUACUUUACUGUGAUCAUCUCAGAUGUUCAUGUAAAAACACAGUAUAGUACUUUAUAAAAACACAGUAUAGUACUUUACUGUGAUCAUCUCAGAUGUUCAUGUAAAAACACAGUAUAGUACUUUAUAAGAACACAGUAUAGUACUUUAUAAAAACACAGUAUAGUACCUUAUAAAAACACAGUAUAGUACUUUAUAAAAACACAGUAUAUUGUAAAGUAUAGUACUUUACUGUGAUCAUCUCAGAUGUUCAUGUAAAAACACAGUAUAGUACUUUAUAAAAACACAGUAUAGUACUUUAUAAAAACACAGUAUAGUACCUUGUAAAAAAACAGUAUAGUACCUUAUAAAAAAAACAGUAUAGUGUAUAGUAUAGUGUAAAGUAUAGUACUUUACUGUGAUCAUCUCAGAUGUUCAUGUAAAAAAAAAAAAAAAAAAAAACAUCUGUAUGCUGAUGACACAAUUAUUCAUUUAUGCGUAUCUAAUAUGCAGAAGGCUUUUCAGGACUUACAGUACAGACUUACAGUACAGACUUACAGUACAGAGUCACAGUACAGAGUCACAGUACAGAGUCACAGUACAGAGUCACAGUACAGACUUACAGUACAGACUUACAGUACAGACUUACAGUACAGACUUACAGGCUUUUGAUGUUAUUCAAAGGCAGCUUUUCCAAUUGAAACUUAAUGCAAGGAAAACAACAUUUAUGGUUUUCUCUUCCCUGAAAGGUAACAGAUGGAGUCACUUGCAGAUUUUAACUAUAAAAUUCCAGCAAAUUGAUAGGGUCGCCUCCUAUAAGUAUCUUGGGAUUUAGUAAAGUACUUUAUUGUGUUCAUCUCAACAAUGUUCAUGUAAAAAAAAAAAAAACACUAGUUUCUUUUUGUGGAGCAGAAUGAAUAUCUCACUCGGGACAACCACUACCGAGUCCUAUUUUUGUUGUAAACGUGUUGAUAAUGCAUGGUGUGACAUAGAUAUAGGGGCCCUAUUCAGUCAGAUCUGCUAAUCAGCGUAGUAUCCGGGAUAAGACGGAACACCCUCACAAACUGCUCUUUUGGUUUAACUCGGUAAACCUUUUUUUUUUUUUUUACUAAAUGAAUCUAAAUGUCUUUCCCAGUCUCCUUUUCAAUACCACUGCUAACAUAUACCAAGGUGGUUUAAUAAAACACUACUAUUCCUUUGUAAUACUGUACUGCUAACAUAUACCACGGUGGUUUAAUAAAACACUACUAUUCCUUUGUAAUACUGUACUGCUAACAUAUACCAAGGUGGUUGAAUAAAACACUACUAUUCCUUUGUAAUACUGUACUGCUAACAUAUACCACGGUGGUUGAAUAAAACACUACUAUUCCUUUGUAAUACUGUACUGCUAACAUAUACCAAGGUGGUUGAAUAAAACACUACUAUUCCUUUGUAAUACUGUACUGCUAACAUAUACCAAGGUGGUUUAAUAAAACACUACUAUUCCUUUGUAAUACUGUACUGCUAACAUACCAAGGUGGUUUAAUAAAACACUACUAUUCCUUUGUAAUACUGUACUGCUAACAUAUACCACGGUGGUUGAAUAAAACACUACUAUUCCUUUGUAAUACUGUACUGCUAACAUAUACCAAGGUGGUUUAAUAAAACACUACUAUUCCUUUGUAAUACUGUACUGUUAACAUAUACCACGGUGGUUUAAUAAAACACUACUAUUCCUUUGUAAUACUGUACUGCUAACAUAUACCACGGUGGUUGAAUAAAACACUAUUCCUUUGUAAUACUGUACUGCUAACAUAUACCAAGGUGGUUUAAUAAAACACUACUAUUCCUUUGUAAUACUGUACUGCUAACAUAUACCACGGUGGUUGAAUAAAACACUACUAUUCCUUUGUAAUACUGUACUGCUAACAUAUACCAAGGUGGUUUAAUAAAACACUACUAUUCCUUUGUAAUACUGUACUGCUAACAUAUACCACGGUGGUUGAAUAAAACACUACUAUUCCUUUGUAAUACUGUACUGCUAACAUAUACCAAGGUGGUUGAAUAAAACACUACUAUUCCUUUGUAAUACUGUACUGCUAACAUAUACCAAGGUGGUUUAAUAAAACACUACUAUUCCUUUGUAAUACUGUACUGCUAACAUAUACCACGGUGGUUGAAUAAAACACUACUAUUCCUUUGUAAUACUGUACUGCUAACAUAUACCAAGGUGGUUUAAUAAAACACUACUAUUCCUUUGUAAUACUGUACUGCUAACAUAUACCACGGUGGUUGAAUAAAACACUACUAUUCCUUUGUAAUACUGUACUGCUAACAUAUACCAAGGUGGUUUAAUAAAACACUACUAUUCCUUUGUAAUACUGUACUGUUAACAUAUACCACGGUGGUUUAAUAAAACACUACUAUUCCUUUGUAAUACUGUACUGCUAACAUAUACCAAGGUGGUUUAAUAAAACACUAUAACCUGG